GGAGGGAGGGGGGCGGAGUGGAGUCGACAGCCGCCGCCACUGCCGCCGCCGCUGUUGGGGGGACGCGGAGUCAGCAGAGCGGGGACACUCGGCCACUUUCACGCACGCUCGAGGAUAAUAAAGAAGUCAACGCGACACUAACCGCUGGCUCCUGCUGCUGCUGGGCGUUAAGGGCUCAUUGGCCGUUCAGAGGCGGCGGCGGCGACGGCGGCCGGCUCAGAUCUCGGCUUCGCACUGGACAGGUGAACUCGCCCCCUGCUGGCAAAGCCCUGGGUCUGUGCUUUGACGAGACACGGGCCAGGACUGGCAAGGGACACACCUGAGCACAGGUUGGAGGGCAGAGGUUUUGAGACCGCGGGGGCACUUGCGUGGACGUUGGAGAGAGUGGACAUUGCGGAGCAGAGUUUUGGAGGAAGUUGAUCGCGUUCCAACACUGACGAGUGAAUGUUGGAGAGUGGCCACUCUGGAGAGUGGACACUGAGGAGUGAUCAUCGGGGAACGGGGCUUGCAGAGUGUGACACUGGGCGGUGGACACUGGGGAGCGGCGAUUCUCGAUGGCGCGCUGUGCCCAGCUGUGUCUGCUCAUCGUGGCCCUGAUGGUGGUGGGCCGGCACGUUGUUGCAUCUCACGGUGACGAACCCUGCUCCAUGUGCCGGGGAAUCGUGGAGAACUUCAAGAAGGGCAUAGAGAACACUGCCAAGAAGAACUUUGGAGGAGGGAACACGGCGUGGGAGGCGGAGCGUGUGGCUAAGUACGAGCAGAGUGAGACGCGCCUGGUGGAGAUCCUGGAGUCGCUGUGCGACAAGACCGCCUACGCAUGCCACGCGAUGCUGGAGCAGCACGAGGAGCACCUCGAGAAGUGGUGGUUCCACAAGCAGCGUGCCCACCCUGACCUUUACAGCUGGUUCUGCGUGGAGAUGGCCAAGGUCUGCUGCCCGGCCGGAUCCUUCGGGCCCGACUGCAACCAGUGCCAGGGCGAAGCGACGCGGCCGUGCGCGGGGAACGGGCGGUGUGACGGCGAUGGGACGCGGCGCGGCACGGGGCUGUGCGUCUGCCACCCGGGCUACGUGGGCUCCCUGUGCCUCGAGUGCGAGGAGGAGGGCUUCUACUUGGCCCAGCACAAUGACACGCACGCGCUAUGCUCCGCAUGCCACUCGGCCUGCAAAACCUGCAGCGGACCACAGCACACGAACUGCGGGGACUGCCGGCCUGGUUACGCCAAGCAGGACGAGGAGGGCGGCUGCGUCGACGUGGACGAGUGUGCGAGUGAGCCGACCCCCUGCCAUGGAAGCCAGUUCUGCUCCAACACCGAGGGCUCGUAUGUGUGCAAAGUGUGCGACCCGGCGUGCGAAGGCUGCAAGGCCGCGGGCCCUGACAGCUGUCACAAGUGUCUGCGUGGAUACACGGAGCGCGACGGCGUCUGUGUGGAUGUGAACGAGUGCGAGGAGGGCCUCGCCACGCAGUGCGUGCGGGAGAACGAGGUGUGCGUGAACACUGAGGGCGGCUACCGCUGCGAAUGUGGGCCAGGCUUCCACGACCGCGCCGGGGCCUGCAAGCUCGUCAAGCCUCCAGGCGAGCAGGGCCUCUUUGACGAGAUCUCCGAGGACGAGCUGGUGGUGCUGCGGCAGAUGGCGGUGGGCGUGGUGCUGUGCGCGCUCGCCACGCUCGCCGCCAAGGGCGACAUGGUCUACACCUCGCUGUUCAUCGGGGCCGCCGCCGCCACCGCCGGCUACUGGCUCUCGGAGCGCGGGGACCGCCUGCUGGACGACAUGCUCACCGUCAAGCAGUAGAUGAGGCGGGGGGCGGGGGGUGGGGGAUGAGGGGGCUGCCCCACUGCUGCCACCUGGGAUAAUGGGGGGCAGAUCGAUCGUCAACGUCAGUGGGGUGCUCAGCAAAGAAGAAGCCAUGGCAACGCCGCCGCUUAUGGGGGACCGACCGCUCCAGGAGGAUAACGGGGGGGGGGGGGGGGGGGGGCGGGUGCCACGUGAUAAUAGGCGGUCACUGCCGUCAACAAUAAUGGGAGUGACUCCUGCCGCAUGAUAUAAUGGGGGCGCCUCCUCCCCUCGAAAACCUCAGAGCAGUAGACGCAGAGGUAAUGGGAGGCCCACUGGAGCCACCUGCAGUAACGGCGAGGGGGCCGAGUGCCGCUGCCAAGGGGUCAUGGGGGUGGCGGUGUGGAUGCUGUGGGGUGGCAACCACCGCAACAGUCGCCCGGGUCUCAACCACCGCAACAGUCGCCCGGGUCUCAACCACCGCAACAGUCGCCCGGGUCUCAACCACCGCAACAGUCGCCCGGGUCUCAACCACCGCAACGACAACCGUCAACUCGAUGUGCCGUUGCUGACGGUGUGCACUGAUUGAAAACUUUUCUGCGCUUCCUUCCAGCAGGGGUUUGCAUACGCCGCUCCCCAUGAUGAGCGAACGCUAAACCAGGGCCUAUUUUAAGGAGCGUGUAACCCUGCCCCUAGAGCUCUGCGGUGUGUUCUUGUACACGGGGGUGGGGAUAGCAUAGCAUCGUAUAUACCUUGUGGAUUACACAGCAUCUCAGAAUCGGAAGCCGAAUCUCGAUUUAGACUUCAGGAAGCUGACGAGCUAUGAAGUUGUUCACAAAUGUGCAGGGGUCGGUCGGCAACGUAUAAACAAAUAAUAAAAAAAAACUACAGAAGUGUGAAAUGGAUGAAAGGUAAGCAAGUCACGAUAAAUAAAUAUACAUCCAAGUUCUGGAUGUUAGUGCAAAUUGCGUAAGUUCCUGCCGAUUUUUCGACACGAAUUGCAAGCUUGGGCAAGGCAUAAAAACAACAAAUCCAGUCCCCCACCAGCCACCCCGCCCAGACCACACCAAGACAGCACCACAAUUCCUUCAAUUUGUAGUGCACAUCUCACACGGCUGCUGCGGCUAGGCCCUGCUGGACACGGUGUGACGUGCGCAGCACGUAGCCAGUGACAUCGAAGUUGGUGUCUAUGUCGUGGCGAAUCGACGGUCACUCGUAGCGGCGGAGGAGAAGGUCCUGAGCCUGGGUUGGGACGAUGGUGGGGGGGAGGCAGCAGCAUGGGCAGCUGCGGGGAAGAGGGAAUUUAAGAUUGUGGGGGCAGCCAUCGCAAAAGUUGCUGUCGUCAUGGACGGGCCCGGAUGUCAUUGCGAAAAAAUUUAAACGCCUCCGUUUGUGACGCUGUGGCCUUAAGGGGUCGAUGGAAGGCAACGGGCGUCGUUUUGGCUCCUAUUGAUUGCACGUGCGUGUGUGUAUUUUGAAAUUAUUUUGCACCGUACAUAGCCAACCGUGCGAAUCGGAGGUGCGGGGGAAGGACAACAAACUAAACACACAAAGCAGUUCUAAAGAAAUUGUUUUUUCAAUCUAGAUUGAAAAGUGCAUAACUCCAGUGGCUUCCUAAUAUCGGAAGGAAGAGCGUUCCAGACGGCCGCAGAAGCGCAUUUGAAAGCAGUAACCGUCUUUAUUCGAUGGCCAGCCAAAAACAACUGAACAAGGGCCAGUGGCCGGAACGUCGCCUCUUGGUGGUUUCCUCCCACCCCUCCCCCCCACCCCCACAGCAUUCUCGACAGGGAACGUGUUUGAGUGAUUUUCAUAUCAUUUGCGUGUGCACCAAUGCGGCGCAAUAGCAGCAUCGCGAGAUAAUUUGUCCAGUUUCAUUACUGGCCAUUGGCAAUAUUAUUUGGCACUGACCAAGGUCGGCUUGGCACAGGUGCGUUUUCGUCAUCGCUUACCGUUAGAGUAGUCCUCCUUUUUAAACCCUGUGCCCCUGAAAAAAAAAAACUUGCCAGGACCCACCAGUGAAAGAGACUUUAGACUCGGUGAGGCCUGCCUGGGUAAGUAUUUAAUAAUAAUAAUUUAUGGUAUUGCUCGACUCUAACCACAGGGGGGUCUAAGCCAGGAUUCACACCGCAUAGGGAAGCUUCUGUUAUAACGUUGAUGGUAAACCGGGCUAUAGCUAUGGCUGGGUCUAGCCCCGGGUGCUGACCGCUAACCCGAGCCCAGCACCGGGCUAAGCCGGGUCUGGCUCGCCCGGUGGAAUAUCCACGUGAUUUCUAACGACUGCAGUCACUGCCGUCAUACUCCUGUCAACCCUUACUCUUUCACACACACACAUGCCUAACACACACACACGUGUAACACACACACAUGCGUGUACACAUGCCCAAUACACACACACGUCUAACACUCGCGCACACACACGCACGCGUGUACACAUGCCUUACACACACGCAUGUACACAUACCUAACACUGCGCGCACACACAUUUGCACGUGCAGAAAACGCACGUCUCCCCAUACACAUGUCCACACUGUGACUCUGACCCCUGCCUCCCAUUUGAAUCGCUGAACCUUGUAGUCGGUGCUCAUGGGUCAAUAAAGUUCGUGUCACUGAGUCGCCCGUGCCCGCGUGCGUCACCCAUGCCUGAGUGCGCCACGGCUCCCAGGGUUUCCAACGACACGCACGCGCGUGUACAAACAGCACUCGGCCCUUGUGAAUUGUGCAAAAAAAAAAUAGCCCGUUCCUGAAGCGAACUGCAAUGUCGUUCACCAUCAAAAUACAUUUGAGGAAAUGUGACCGCCUCGGGGCCACAAGAGUCCACCGCCACCACUCUGAUGUCGUGGUCCGCACGCUGGACUUGAAAUCCACGCGUUGCCGAUUUGGCUCCAUCUCCUGGCUUGGCCAUUGAAACGGUGGGGCAAAUUUAUUAAAUCCACCCUCCCCUACUUUCCGCUUUCCACCGCAGUUAGUCGAUCGGCAGGUCACGUGUAUUGGUGGGCUAAAGUAUGGGCAAUCCCACCUCUUCCAAGACGUCUGGUCAGCGUGAAAGAGUAGGCCAGGUACUCCAGACCGAGUUGGAUCUCGUGGGGGCCCUUCCGACAGCAGUGGCGUGAGCGUGCGGAAUUGCUGGGCUGCGCCUUUGCAAUUUAACCAUGCCGUGCUUUUUAAGGCGCGUUCCGGAGUCGUGGGCCGCGUGGUGGUCACGCGACCUUCCUAAUUAGUUGAUUAUCGAAUCGGUGUUUGUGCCACUGACGGCGCGCCCGACCUAAGCGCCGUGUGCGGUGCGAGGUGAACGAUCGGGAGGCUUGCGUCCGCUUGUGGCGAGCAAAACCGCAGGUGAAGAACUCGUCGAGUACGAAAUCUUCGUCCCUGCCACGUGUGUGGCAAAGCUUCCGACACGGCAACCCUUGACUCGUGGCUAAAAAUAUAUACAGGAGACUGAUAUCGCCAUGAUCGCCCCCUCGUCAAGUUUGUCGUGCAUCGUUCGAGAAUUUUACCGCGACACCCGAGUCGAUAAAUCUCUGGGCUUGAGUCCACUCGGGUUAAAAGCUUCACUCGAUAGUGAAAUCAAAUUUUCAGAAUAUACUGGAGGAAUCCGAUGCGCUAUAAAGCUAUUUCACAGAUGUCCAGUGAAAUGUUUUAACCGGGGCUGGAGAAGAGUUGCCUGAACGAGGUCCAAACGUGCUUACUCUCCACACGAGUGUGUGUGUAACAUUGUGUGUACGUGACAUGUGUCACUCAUGUGAUUGUAAUUCGCUGUGUGUGUGUAAUGCAUGUUUUUGUGUCUGUGUACAUAACACGUGUGCGUGUCUCCCAUUGCCGUCGAGUGGCCCGGAUCAUUCUGUUAAGAUGAGGAGGAGGUGGGUGAGAGUGAUCAGGAGAAGACACAAGACCACAAUCACCGUGACCUCUGACCCCGAGGGUCCACCACAACCGCUACACCCCACACUCGCUACAAACGCAACCACAACUGACAACCACUAAAACCACACUCGCAGCCACUACCUUGGCCACCACUACCACCACAACCACACACGCAGCCACUACUGUUACAACCACUGUUGCGACCACUCCCAUACCACCCUACCCACAGCCCUUGUCACCAUCGGACCCCACCCAACGCAUGGCGCUGCAUGGGGUCGAACACGGGUUUGGGGUUCGAGGGGUCCAGGGAUUCGGGGUCUGGGACCGAGCAAUUUUAUGGUGGAGGAAGUGGGGAUGAUGGGUCGGUCCCCCCAGAAUAUACAGCACUGCCCAUCUCCUCAUGUGUGGCCCCCAAUUCAGAGGCAGCUCCUCUGGUCGGGGGACCCGGUCCGGUUUAAGUUAUUAAAAUGAUCACGGUGCUCGUGAUGCCACCGCCAACCGCAUCUCGCCACCCCUCGCCGCAUCUCGCCAUCGCUUCCUGCCGCCAGAUCCCUGCACCGGUUGGCCCAGCCUCACCCGGGCUGCACGCUCUGCUGUCCGCCCGUUCCACACCCCAGCGAGCAGCUGCGCGAAACCAAACCGCUCUGAAAAUCGCGCAGAUCCACGGUGGUCCGCAGCCACUUUGUCCACGUCUGGGGUGAGCAGUUGCACGACGGCGACAUUAAGCGGCUGCGCGGAUUCGGGAUCCAACCAGCCGACCAAUCGCACCUCGUGAAUGUUGCCGCACGCGUCGCUACGGAAAGCGCAGUCGGUCUCUGCUGCGAGCAACCGUGUUGCUCAGACGUGUCCACGCAAGGGAUUCCGUUGCGCGGAACCAAGUUGCGCACAGCCGAUCGCUCGGAUGUGGUGCCAACGCUACGUGCGGACGUCUCUGGAACGCUGUUGCUCGCGGCGGAGACCGACUGAAACUUUCGCGUCGCGACGAGAGCGCUGCACGUUCGCGAGCCGCGGUUUUGGUCGUGAGGAACCUCGAAUCCGUGCGGCCGUUUUUAAGGUCCUCGUCGCACGUCCACUCGCCCAGGCGCGGACAGAGCGGCUGCCGGCAACGGAGUUGGGUGAUUCGAUAUCCAUAGCCGGGGGGGGGGGGGGUGGUUUGCUUGCGAAACGGACUCGCUGCGGUAUGGAUCCGGCUUGACAGUCUCAUCCCACUUGUAGAGGUUUUUAAUCGUUUGGGGGGGAGGGGGAUGGAGUUGGUGCCCCCCUUCUCCCCCCCUCUGUUUCAUGUUUACAGUAUCUGAGUGACCACUUUUUAGGGGGCUCAGGGUUGGAAAGAUCCCCCUGGGAUUAGGGGUCUGCGGGGUGGGGUGCAGGCGUGUAAACAGGGGGGUUAAUUUGGGAAUGUGAGUCUCGGGUGCCGGGGUCUCCUGUACAAGGGGACCCUGGUCCCCUACAAGGAUCCCUGUGUUGCAGAGAUCAGAGGGCGCAGGGUCCCUGUUUUACAGUGGCAUCUGGGGUCCUGGUUCCCCAUUUCACAGGGGACCUGUUGCCCUAAAAAGAGGGGGGAGGGGGCUGGAUUUCUGGAGCCCCUGUGCUACUGUGCGACCAGGUCUCUUUGGGUCCCUGCAAAAAGGGCAUCUGGGUGAAUGAUGUCCCGGUUUUACAGAGCGGGGGGGGGGGGGAUGGGGGCCUUGGGGACCUCCGGGUCCUGGGAUCUCUGGAUCCUGUAAAAGCGGGACCUGGGGUGCUCUCGGUCACAGGAGCCCGGGAGGUGAUACUUGAAACGACUGCACGUGUGGUGACGAAUAAAGAGAGAUGAUUGCGAGGAGCUGAUCAGUGGGCGCUCAGAUCGAACUGCACAGAUUUUCAA